AUGAGCCGGUGUAAGCUGUUCGACGCUAAACUACCAGAGUACUACUGGGCAGAGGCGGUAAGUUUCUACCGGUUUUCUACCAUCGAAAUCAGUUCCGACAACGCCGUACAAAAUUUGGAAUGGAAGAAUGUAAGCCCUGCAUCAAUGAAGCUAACUUUCGUAGGGUACUCGUUGGAGCACAAAGCAUACCGUUUUUUGGAUCGAUCGACUCGGAAAAUAAUAAUCAGUCGAGAUGCGAAUUUCGUUGAGGAGGAGGAAAGCGUCGUACCCGAAGAAGUAGUCAGUAAGGAAUUGGAAAACAGGUUGAACUAUGAGUUGUCCAUGAAGCCAGCUGAAGUUCAAGCCACUCCACUGGUCAAUGAAACUGAAUCGUUGGAUGAGUCGGACGUGGAUAAUGAUAACCCAGAUGAGGACGAUUUUGAUUAUGACACUGCGACCAAAUCCACGGUAAUCGAAUGUAGCAUCGAUGACAACCCAGGACCGAUUCGAAGAUCUUCUCGAGGAACCAAGGGCAUUUUGCCAGCUCGCUACCGUGAUACAUUGGGCAUGGCAUCAGAUGUAGUUUCUGAACCACGAAGCUUUGAAGAAGCAAUCAACGGCCCGGAAAGUGCAUUUUGGAAAACAGCGAUGGACGACGAAUUCCGUUCACUGAUGGAAAAUGAAACCUGGGAAAUCACAACGUUGCCGCCGGAUCGUAAGAAAAUUGGAUGUAAGUGGGUGUUCAAACGAAAAACAGAUGAAACCGGUAUGGUAGUCCGAUUCAGAGCCAGUGAAGCCGAGUUUUGUGAGAUAGUGAACCACCUGAAAAAAUGUUUCAAGCUUACGGUGUUGGGCGACAUCAAGCACUUCGUUGGAAUGAAGAUCACCAAGUUUCAAGGUGGAUACCUUAUCAACCAGCAGGCAUACAUCACCAAACUAGCUACUAGAUUUGGUCUGUCAAAUGCGAAAGGUUCGAGAAUUCCGAUGGACCCUGGUUACCAGCAAAAGGAGGAGAAUUCAGCUGUAUUAGCCAACAGCGACCAGUAUCAAAGUCAGAGAAUUAGAAGUUUACUGCGACGCAGACUGGGCUGGAGAUACGCUGGAUCGAAAAUCAACAUCAGGCUUUCUUAUCUUUUCGGCGGUGGAGUUGUGAGUUGGGCCUCCCGAAAGCAAUCCUGCGUAGCCCUAUCAUCCACCGAAUCCGAAUUCAUUGCUCUAGCCGAAGUAUGUAAAGAAAUCCAAGGGAUGCUGAAGCUGCUCAAGGAUCUCGAGAAAAACGUGGAUCAUCCGAUCUGGAUACGCGAGGAUAACCACAGCUGCAUCCAACAGGGGGAGAACGAGAAAGUGGACGACCGUUCGAAGCAUGUUGAUACGAAGUAUUGUUUCAUCAAGGACCUGAAAAACAAGAACGUCAUUAGCUUGCUGUAUUGUCCUACGGAAGAUAUGCUGGCAGACAUGAUGACGAAACCGUUAACAAGCGUGAAAUUGGGAAAGCUACGUGAAGCAACAGGUGUUUUAGCUAUCGAUGUCGAGGAGGAGUGUUAG